UGCUUCGUUUUUCACGUAUACAAGUGUCCGUUUCUGUUUUUAUGUCACGUCGCCGAUCUAAUGGAUGUAAACAAUUUUUUAUAACUUAUUUAUCUCGUGACUCUCGUUACUUCUUCCAUUUCGAUUUUCAUUUUUUUUCUGCAUCCUCGGAUAAAAGUAGUUUUUAAAAAAACUCGAUCCCAAUAAUUUCCAAACCAAUUUAAUCAUUUUCAAGUUUACAAUUAAAUUCGAUUCAUUUUUGCUGUUUAGUUUUUUAGCCAUUCCCAAUACCGUUGUUAUUUUGAUACUCGAGAAUUUUAGACUGAAUGAAAUACAAUUGAAUUGCUCUUUAGAUUCGAAUCGUUUGAUAGUGUCUUAUGAAACAGCCAUUGACGAACGAAGAUGGGAAAUCACAUAGAGGCAUAAAACGCUUCUCAACGAUCUCGACUGUGCUUCGUAUCUCGUUUGCGUUCACCCUUACGUAAGUCGUGAUUUGCAAAGGUUUUGCCUACACGCUCGUGGAAUGUGCAUUUUUUUCCUCGAGUUCUCUCAACCUCGUGUGUAAAGAAGACAAAUGAUAAUAAAUCAACGGAUUUACACCUCUAUCGAAUCCGGCUCGAUCGAUCGAAGGAAUAAAAAAUCACUGGUCUGCAGUACGUCAAAAGUGUGAUCAUUUAUCAUGGAUAUAAUUGAUCAUUGUUGCGUCGAAAAAAGACUGAUUUGAAUCUAGAAAGCAAUCGAUCGUUGCGAGGGCGAAGAUAAAAAGGGUUUCGGGAAGAUGACAGCGACGGAAGAGAAGGAGCCGCUGAUAGUGGCGAGCGCAACAGCGUCAACGAGCGCCGCUUCCCAUCAGAGAAUUUCGUACGAUGCAGUAGCUUUCUUCGAUCCAAAAAGGGAUAAUCAUAGAAAUGGACCGCGAACCGCUGAACCGGAAGCUGUGCUUCGGAUGGAUCCAAUUUUGUCGUCCAACGGACACAAAGAUCGAUCGGUGGAACCUUCGGAAAGGAUAACGUACACGUGGAGUGAUGUGAACGUUUAUCACGCCAAGAAGAAAGAUCGUUUCUGGGAUCGCUUCAAAUUGCUUAGGAACAAACGACCAGUCGAACAAAAGCACAUUCUCAAAGAUGUUUGCGGGGUCGCUUAUCCCGGCGAGCUCCUCGUAAUAAUGGGAUCAUCCGGAGCAGGAAAAACGACACUUUUGAACACGUUGACAUUUCGUCCUGCUCGGGGAAUAACCGUUUCCGGCAUGAUGGCAGCGAACGGUCAACGCGUUAGUCCGAGUGUUCUAAUCUCAAGGACGGCUUACGUUCAGCAAGACGAUUUAUUCGUUGGAACUCUCACGGUGAAGGAGCAUCUUUUAUUCCAGGCAAUGGUACGAAUGGAUCGCAACAUUCCUUAUCGCCAAAGACUCAAGAGAGUGAACGAAGUCAUUUCUGAACUCGCACUAACAAAAUGCAAAAAUACCGUUAUCGGUAUUCCAGGACGCGUGAAAGGUCUGUCCGGAGGUGAAAUGAAAAGAUUGUCGUUCGCCUCGGAAGUUCUGACCGAUCCUCCUCUCAUGUUCUGCGACGAGCCAACUUCCGGUCUCGAUUCUUUCAUGGCGCAUCAAGUAGUCUCAGUCCUCAAGGAUUUGACUCGUCGAGGCAAAACGAUCAUUGCAACGCUCCAUCAACCAUCGUCGGAGCUCUUCGCUCUCUUCGACAGAAUAUUGUUGAUGGCGGAAGGACGAGUCGCGUUCAUGGGGACGCCCGAGCAGGCUUGUGCCUUCUUCAAAUCGAUGGGAGCCGUUUGCCCGAGUAAUUACAACCCCGCCGAUUACUUCGUCCAAGUUCUGGCGGUCGUUCCAGGUCGUGAAGUGUCCUGCAGACACGCAAUAAAUUCGGUCUGCGAUGCUUUUCAACGCAGCGAUCACGGGAUGAAAAUAGCGCUGGAGGCCGAGUCGAUCAACGGGGAAUUCGAGGAUUCCUUGAAAGAUUCAGCCUCCAAGGGCAACAGAGGAAGCUCGCCUUACAAAGCAUCCUGGUGCGAACAGUUUCGUGCCGUUCUUUGGCGCUCGUGGAUCUCCGUCAUCAAAGAGCCAAUACUCAUCAAAGUUCGACUGCUUCAAACCCUGAUGGUGUCGCUGCUCAUCGGAGUUAUAUAUUUCGGUCAAAAGCUCGACCAGGAUGGAGUCAUGAAUAUCAACGGUUCACUGUUUAUAUUCCUCACGAAUAUGACAUUCCAAAACGUAUUUGCAGUGAUAAGUGUCUUCUGUGCGGAAUUACCAAUUUUUUUGAGAGAGCAUCGCAACGGAAUGUACCGCACUGACAUUUAUUUCAUCUGCAAGACGCUCGCGGAAGCUCCAAUUUUUGUGGCUGUGCCCUUCGUCUUCACGACCGUUGCUUAUCCAAUGGUCGGUCUGUAUCCUGGAGUUGAACAUUUCUUCAUCGCUGCUGGAAUCCUCGUAUUGAUAGCCAACGUCGCUACCUCCUUUGGUUACCUAAUUUCGUGCGCGAGUACGAAUAUUUCCAUGGCCCUCUCGGUUGGACCACCAGUUAUCAUUCCAUUCCUACUGUUUGGUGGAUUUUUCUUGAAUACUGCCUCGGUUCCACCUUACUUCAAAUGGUUUUCCUAUCUCUCCUGGUUUCGUUAUGGCAACGAAGCACUCUUGAUAAAUCAAUGGUCCGACGUCGAAUCCAUAGCCUGCACUCGAAGUAACGCCACGUGUCCCAAAACCGGAAGUAUGGUUCUCCAAACGUUCAAUUUUCGAGAAGAGGACUUUUGGGUGGACAUAAUCAGCCUGGUCAGUCUCAUCAUAGCCUUCCGAUUCCUCGCAUUCCUGGCACUACUCUCCAAAACUUUGAGAUCGAAAUUCGUGUACAACGAGGUAUCGAGAUCGCAGUCGCCGCUCAGCGCUAAGGUUUCCUCUCAUGAACGAAAAAGUAGGCCUGCGUCAAGUUCCGCGAUCUCGAUAGCGCUCGUCAAUAGUGUUUUUCCGUGUUUCAAUUCUAUGAAAUUAAUGAACAAAGUGCAACGAAAAAUGUUGGAAAAUUCACCUCAACCGAGAAUUCCUCGGCCGUUUGAUUCCCUGGGCAAAGGGGUCACGCUCUCUUGGAGCGAUCUCUCUGUUUAUGUCAUGGAUCGUGGCAGCAGCGUUUGCAAUCAACUUGUCAAUAACGUUCGGGGGGCAGUCAGACCCGGCGAUUUGACAGCUAUCUUGGGAGGAAGCGGAGCGGGAAAAAGUUCGUUGAUGACAGCCCUGGCGCUGCGGACGGGGCCGGGAAUUAUUGUGCACGGUGAUAUACGAAUAAACGGACAAAUUCCGGGGCCUUCGUUCAUGAGACACUGCAGCGGUUUCAUGCAUCAGGAAGAUAUUUUCAUCGGUACUAUGACGGUUUUGGAACACAUGUGGUUUAUGGCUCGAAUGAAGCUCGACAGAAGAAUGGAAAACUGGGAAAUCCGCGAGAGAGUCGACAACCUUUUGAAAGAAGUUGGCUUGUCGUCUCGACGGGAUGCGCGAAUCGGGACAGGAGGCUACGACAAAGUGUUGUCUGGCGGGGAAAAAAAGCGUUUGGCAUUCGCGACCGAAUUACUCACGGAUCCGAAAAUUUUAUUUCUCGACGAACCAACGACCGGACAAGACUCUCAUUCGGCGAGUGUCCUCGUCUCUCAACUGACGGAAUUCGCACGUCGGGGACGGACGGUUUUGUGCACUAUUCAUCAACCGAGCUCCGCCAUUUUCGACACUUUUCACCGCAUUAUUCUCGUCGCUGAUGGACGAAUCGCCUUCGCCGGAACUCGGGAGCAAGCACUGAAGUUUUUCUCCAGACAGGGUUACGACUGCCCCAGAAAAUACAAUCCGGCCGAUUUCCUCGUAGCAACGCUGGCCAUAGCGCCGAGAGAAGAGGAUUCGAGUAGAAGAACGGCUCAAAGAAUUUGCGACGCUUUUCUGACGAGUGACGCUUGUCGAGAAACGGACGUGAUACUGCAGCUCGAGCUUCACAUGGCGUCGUCGUACGAUUGGCGCGGGGAUAUUCGAAACUUGAGUAAUUUUAAACAAAUCCCAUGCUGGAAGAGACUCUACUGGUUGACUCACAGGGGAUUCAUGCAGGUUUUGAGGGAUCCUUCGGUCCAGUGUGUUCGCAUAAUACAAAAAUUGUGUCUCGCGAUAAUGGCAGGUUUAUGUUUCGUCGGUGCAAUAAACUUGGAUCAAUUGGGAGUACAAGCGGUCCAAGGAGUACUUUUUAUUCUAGUUUCGGAAAAUGCUUUUUUCCCAAUGUACGCGACUCUUUCUCUGAUACCCCAGGAACUGCCGUUGUUUCUGAGGGAACAUCGAGCCGGAAUGUACCCGAGCCAUCUUUAUUAUUUUUCACGAAUCAUUUCCCUGCUGCCAGGAUUGAUAGUCGAGCCCGUUCUCUUCACAAUGAUCGUUUACUGGCUGGCAGGACUCAGAAGUACGAUAGAAGCUUUCGGAUGGACUUUGCUCGUAGCCAUUCUGACGAUGAACGUUUCUACAGCUUGUGGUUGUUUCUUUUCUGCGGCUUUUGACAGCGUGCCAUUGGCAAUGGCGUAUUUAGUGCCCUUCGAUUACAUUCUCAUGAUUACAAUGGGACCGUUCGUCAAACUCGGAACCUUGCCAAUGGUCAUUGGCUGGGUGAAGUACAUAUCGUGGUUGUUACAUUCGACCGAGGCGCUGACGAUCGUGCAGUGGAAAGAUGUGCACAACAUAACUUGCGAAAAAGAAGAUUCGGAGCUGCCGUGUUUGACUGAGGGCUCCCAAGUGCUUGACAGGUACGAUUUCGACGAGAAGAACUUUUGGAUGGACAUCACAGCGAUGGCGAUAAUACUAACGGUUUUUCACAUUUUGGCUUACCUUUCCUUAUGGAAUCGAUGUCGAUCGAAGUGAAACGAUUACGUAUGUUUACGUCGUGCUUUUAUAAAUAAUGAAAUAUCGAAAUGUGCCUAUUCGUGAAUGCGUGGAAGAGAAAAUUCAAUAAAAAUCCUGUUUGUAUGUG